AUGACGGACAAACUCCCUCCUAAUCUCCUUGCUCUAUUCCAACCCCGACCUCCUCUCCGCUACAUUCCCCCUCAAGACACCGCUCCGGACGAAAGAGCUCUCAAGCAAUCACAGCUGUCUGGCAUCGCCGCGUUUCUUCCGCAGCUUCAGGAGUACAAGGCGACUGAUGUGUACGAGCCCACUGAAUCCUGGCUGCAACAGCGCGAUCGGAAAAGACUCGAAAAGAAACUGCGCCAGCAAGAGAUUGAGCGGCCUGACUUCCAGGGCUACAAACCAAACGACGACCCCAAGAUCAAGGGCGAUGCCGUUAAGACUCUAUUCGUGGGUCGUCUAAGUUAUGAUGCGAAGGAAGGAGAUCUGGAGCGUGAGUUCGGCAGGUUUGGUCCCAUCGAGAGAAUCAGGAUUGUCAAGGAUGAGACAACCCCAAAACCCAAAAAGCCACAUAAAGGUUAUGCCUUCAUUGUCUACGAAAGAGAAAAGGAUAUGAGAGCUGCGUACAAAGAGACAGACGGCCUACGAAUAAAGGACCGAAGAGUCAUUGUCGAUGUCGAACGUGGCCGCAUGGUCCCUGGCUGGAGGCCGAGAAGAUUUGGCGGAGGCCUUGGUGGACGAGGAUAUACCAAACAAGCUCCUGCAAAGCCUACAUUCGGUCCCCCAGGUGGCUAUGGUGGUGGAUUUAGAGGUGGCUUUGGUGGUCGUGGAGGCUUUCGCGGCGGUUUUCGCGGCGACCGAGGAGGCUACGGUGGGCGAGGCGGCAUUGGCUACCAAGGAGGAGGAGGCUUCGGCGGACGACAAGGCUACCAGAACGGACCGCCUCCCCCCAACGCACCCAGCGGACCCGGCGGCAGAGGCGGCUACGGCGGAGGUCAUGACGACCGGCGAAACGGAUAUGGCGGAGGAAGAGACCAACGCGGCGCGACUGGCAGCAAUACCGACCCUCUUGGAGGACGAGACCGUGGAUACGAUAACCGAGACCGUGACCGAGACCGGGACCGCGAUCGAGACCGAGACCGUGAUCGAUAUGGAAGCAGUAGACGUGAAGACGACUAUGGCUCAAGAAAACGAUACCACGAGAAUGACGGGUACGAUGAUCCCAGACAACGCAGAAGGUAUUGA